UCUGCGCAAAACUGAUUUGAUCGGUAAUGUCGAUCCAUUGAUUUUCAGGGUUUUCAUUAUCGUCUUGAAGCAAACUUGAAAUAUCUGAUUCCGAAUUACUAUCAUAAAUUUCAUCAAAUGUAUCUGUAUCGGAAGUAUUUUCAAAAUCAGACUCACUACUAGCAAUUGAAGAAUCUUCAGGUGCACGUUCCUUUACUUACACUCACGUUAACUUCAAAGUGCGCCUGUUGUUGUGUUUGUUUGAGGAAUGGUUUGUGUAAAGGUAGCGGUUCGCGCCGCGACAAAGACGGGAGACCGAGACAGGAGACUGAGACCAGAGACAGCGACAAAUGUCUCGGUCUCUUCGGCAUGUACUGUAGGUCGAGACUGAGACCGAAGAUCGCGACAAGUGUCGUGGAGCGACCGCUCAGUUCAAGAGAGUCUGUCGAUGAAGUCAGUGGUGUUUUGUGUCGUGAUGGAAAACCAAGUGAAGCUGCUAUUGGAGGAAGAAGAAGACGAUGAUUUGCUCUUAUAUUAUUAUUACAAAUACAAAACUGAAAGACGAUUACCUAUUAAGGAUUUAUAUUUAACUAGAGGUCAAGAAGGAUCAUUUUCGCUAUUAGUAAAGAAGCAUGAUGACAAUAUAUUCAGGAAGUAUUUUCGGCUGAAUAAAACACAGUUUGAUUACGUAUUAAAUUUACUGAAAAAAUCAAUGCAAGAAAAGGGAAGAAUAUCAGUGAAAGAAAAAUUAGCACUAACUUUAAGAUUCUUGGCGACUGGAGAAACAUAUGCUUCGCUAUCAUUCGAAUUUCGUAUAUCACCUUCUUAUAUUUCACAAAUAGUCAAAGAGGUGUUAAAACAUUUAAAGACUGUUUUGGUGCCAAUUUUUAUGCCUGUUCCAAAAGAAAGUGAUUUUAGGCUUGUAUCUGAAGGAUUUUGGGAUAAAUGGCAAUUCCCCAAUUGCACAGGUGCUAUUGAUGGGAAGCACGUAAGAAUAAGAGCCCCUGAAAAUAGUGGGUCGUUGUAUUUUAAUUAUAAGGAGUAUUACUCAAUUGUUCUUUUGGCUAUUGUAGACCAUAAUUACAAGUUCAUUGCAGUAGACGUCGGCUCUUAUGGCAAAGAAGGAGAUAGUGGAAUAUUCCAAAAAUCUACAAUGGGAAAACAAAUCAUGAGAAAUGAAUUUAAUUUUCCAGAACCAAAAAAUCUACCAAAUUCGAACAUAAUAUUACCACAUUUUUUAGUUGGAGAUGAAGCAUUUAGUCUUGAUACUUUUAUGAUGAAACCUUACGCUAGAAGAGUUGCAAAAAACGAUUUAAGCAAAGAAAUAUUCAACUACCGACUUUGUCGUGCGAGACGAGUAUCGGAAAACGCGUUCGGUUUGCUGUCUCAGGUGUUUAGAGUAUUUUACACUCCUAUUGGAAUAGCGCCAGAAACAUGCACCGACAUGAUUUUGGUUGUCUGUUGCAUGCAUAACCUAUUAAGAGAUGGAUUUUUGGUAUCUGCUCAAAUGCCCGUACACCAAUGGAACCGAGAAGAAGAAAAUUUGCCUUCAAAUUUUGUUUCAUUACGUGGAACAGGAGGGUUUUCGAACAGCAACGGACUCGAUAUUAGAGUAAAAUUAACCAAUUACUUCACGUCACAGCAAGGAGCAGUAGACUGGCAAUUACAACAUGUCACACGGCUUGUUUGAGCUGAUUCCACUCCACCUUUUCUUUCUUAUAUGUUUCCUUCCACAUAUUAAUUUUAUGCAAAAUAAAUAAAAUAAGAAUAACUCACCUGUUUUAUUUAUGCUUUCAGCUAUGCUUUUCCAAAUAUUAUCCUUCAAAUUUUCAUCUCUGUAGGAGUCUAACUGUGCAUUGUAUAGCGGAGGAUGCUGUCUGAUUAGUUCAAUCAGAGUCUCACAGUCUUCAUCACAAAAACUCAUUUUUAGACCUAAACACGUGUGCUUUCACGAGCGCGACACGAGACACUACUGGUCCGGAACAGCGACCGUCUCGCUGUCUCCUGUCUCGCGUCUCGGUCUCCUGUCUCUGUCUCACUCGCGAACUGUCGCGUAUAUAUUGCCUAAUAUGUCAUUUACACUCAGCCACUUCCCUUGCCACUCGCGUCGCCGCGAAUGUUGCCGCGGCAGUGUCAACGCGAGUGUGUCGUUUACAUUCAGCCCUCAUACUUCUUUGCCGGGCGACUCGCAAACAUGGCUGACGUCGAGGUUGUUGCGGCGACAGCUGUAUGUCUACUUAUUUUAUUGAAUUAUUUAAACGUUUUAAAAAGAAAUCAGAAAAAAAGACGCUAUCGCCAAAGAAGAUGGUGGAUGAAAAAAAUUCAUCUGAAUCGAACGACGUAAGUACUACUAUAACUACCUGUAAAGUGCAUACACUUUUGAUAAUAGUUUAAUAAAUGAAUUCAUGAUGAUUAUAUUUUUGUUACAGAAACAGCAUGAAUAUUUUUUUAUGGAGUUGACUUCCGAAGAUGCUGCCGAGUUUUCUAACUUUUGCAGAAUGUCACCUUCUGAUUUUAAAUUCUUGUUACAUAAAAUUACAUUUAUGAUUGAAAAACAGCAAACGAGACUGCGAAUGCCCAUACCAGCAAAAAUACGUUUGGCAAUAACAUUACGAUAUUUAGCAACGGGGGAUAGUUACAAAAGUCUCCACUACUUAUUCAAGGUUUCUACACCAGCCAUUUCGUUAAUUAUUCCUGAAGUAUGCAAAGCUAUCAACUCUGUUCUCAAGGAUCAAAUUAAGUUACCACAAACACCAGCGGAAUGGUUAAUUAUAGAAGAAGGAUUUAGAAGGAAAUUUCCUCGAUGUGUCGGAGCUAUAGAUGGGAAGCAUAUUGUAAUUAAAUGUCCUCCACACAGUGGCUCACAAUAUUACAACUAUAAGCAUACAUAUAGCAUCGUACUAAUGGCUCUAGUUGACAGUGAAUACCGUUUUAUUUUUGCUGAUAUUGGUGCCCAGGGACGUAUUAGUGAUGGAGGAAUUUUUCAAAACUGUUUACUCUGGCAAAAAAUUGACGCAGGCACUAUUAAUUUGCCACCAGACGCGCCCUUACCCGGAAGAGAAAUUGAUGUACCCUAUGUAUUUCUUGGUGAUGGAGCUUUUGCUUUACAUAAACAUAUAAUGAAACCCUUUCCUGGUAAUUAUAAUUUUAACACAAUGGAACGCACUUUUAAUCACAAACUUUCGAGUUCUCGUGUCAUUGUAGAAAAUGUCUUCGGUAUUUUAACAACUGUUUUUCGAAUAUUUAGAAAACCAAUCGAGAUCGAUAUAGAGAAUGUACCAACAGUAACAAUGACCUGUAUUUUAUUACAUUAUUUUUUAAAAAACAGUAAAACCUCUAGUAAUAUUUACGCUCCUCCGGGAACUUUUUCCGUAGUAGACGGAGUAAAUAUUGAUGGCUCUUGGAGACAAAAUCAAACCAACCCAGAUAAUUUAGCUAUUAGGCCAAUAGCGGAUGUACCAAGACGCUCAUCUAGAAACGUUUGUGAAAUUCGAACUGAAUUUGCGCAUUAUUUUCAUAAUUUGAAUACAGAAAAUAACUAAAUAUAGUAGUAAUACUAUGUAAGCUGUAAUAAUCAUCUAAUUAAAAAUGUUUAAUAAAUUUUA